AUCCGGCUCAGCCCCGUCUCCGUAGCUAGCUCUGUCCGACUGGGACUCGUGGAGCAGCGAGAUGUCAUCCGAGGUGGGGGACUUGAGGCAGUUCCCCAUCUUUCCGGGGGGAGCGCGGCCCCCCCUCCGCCUCCUCCCGCUCCGGAUCCGCGCCCUCAGCCUCCCCGCCGCAGCGCGCAGCCCGCAGCCGCCCCGCCGGGGAGGCUCAUGCCAGCCCCGGCCCUAAGCGGCUUAGCAGCUGCAGCCCGGCCGCCUCCCGCUCCGCUCCGCAGCCGCCCCGACCCCCGAGCCGGGGGGGCGGCAGGACGGGCCUCCCACCCCCCGUGGGGCAGCGGGCUCCGGUGGGUCCGCCCGCCCCGCGGCUGCCCGGCGCGGUUCUGCUUCCCGGUCACCAGCUCCCUGCGCACUGGGCUUUGUCGCACGGGCCGCCCUGGCUCCUCCUCUCACCCCUCCCCGCCGGGCCCGGGGAGCAGCCGCGGGGCCUCGCCGGGCUCCGCGCCCCCCGGCCCAGCCGCGGGGACAGCCCUGCCCGCCCCCGACGGAACGAGGCGGGAUGGGACGGGCUGGGGGACCCAGCCGCCUGCCGGGCUCCCCCGGCCCCAAAAUGGUAACUGUAGGUCUUCUGCAAUAUCAGAGUGAUAAAAUGGCACUUGCAGAGAUUCAUGAGAACCUAGGGAGUGUGACCUGUCAACUCUGGUUGGCAACUCUGCCCAAGUCCAAGAUGACCUAUGUCUUUGUCAUUCCUUGACUGAAAACAGUUUAAACUCUUUCUGGCUACUGAGUGAUGGCUACAGAUGAUUAUUCUGAAGGGUACAAUUCUGCAUUUCCUGCUGAAGCUCUGCUCUGUGACAGCUUAGCUGGAUUGCAGCAGACAAGGUACUGGAGACUGAACAGAAGGAAUGUGAGAAGGAACCAUUGAAGAUUUUGUACUAAAAGUAUCAGAUGGUUGUGAAUGACUGCCCUUGGGAAAUUCACUUUAUCCUCUGGCCAGAAAUGUUGCUUCUUAACUUUUAGUUUUGCUUUUUGAUUAGUCUGUGUUUGUACAGCCUCCUCUUGGAGGGACAGCUGGAAAUUUGUACCAGUGUUUGCUUUUGCCUGCUCAAACUACUGUGCUUCCUGAAAAAAAAUUCUAGAAAACAACUGUAUCAUGCAGAAAACAGAAGCUAUCAUAAAUUAAACAUCUGACAGUAUGAGAAGGAAUACCAGAAGGUAAUUGUACAAUUCCUUAGUCUGUUCUGAUUUUGGGUGUGUGGAGAUUCCUAUAGAACAUGAAAAUCUUGCUUGUUUACUUACAUGACAAAAGAGG